AUGGCUGUAUCAAGCAAUACAAGUGAUGGCUGUAACCAUUAUUGUUCUUUUAUAGCUAUCCCGCAUUUUAUGUCACUUUCAUAUGUUUUAUUCCAUAUCGGUAUCCUCUUCGUUCAGUUUAUGCAUCACAAACUCGUCGGACCAUUACAACUGGUUGUGAGGGAUAUAGCUAGUGGAGCGAAAUUAAGUGACAGGGAGAAAUCCGCCCUCCAGCAGUCAGUAUUAAGUGCUUCCAUAAAUGUUUUGGUAAUAGUGGCAGAAAGGGUAGGAAAAGUGGGUCGAGAGGUUAAAAUGAUCCAAUUUAUCGGCGAUGACGGUGUAGUCACUUGUAAGAAUGCGGAACAAACCCUUUCAAAUGACUUUUCUCCACGGUGUUGCAGGCUUCCAUAA